GAUUCCGCAACAGCUGUUUCAAUCUGCAGCGAACGUCGGACGAGAGUGCGUCGUGCGCGAGUUUUGUUAUUGUGGAAAUGCCGCUGAAAAAUCUCUGUCUACACAACGAAUGCCAAAGUGUUUGAAUCAACGCACACAAUUACCUUGGAGCCGAGGAAACGAAGAAAAAUCAAUAGCCACCAGUGGAGGAGCAGCUGCUAGGACAAGAUGGUCUUCGAAUCGGUGGUGGCCGAUGUCCUGAACAAGGUCCUCGGCGACUACAUCGAGAAUUUGGAUCACAAGCAGCUCAAAAUUGGAAUAUGGGGCGGCGAUGUGGUCUUGGAGAACCUCAAGAUACGGGAGAAUGCCCUGGACGAAAUGGAUCUUCCAGUGCAGCUUAUCUACGGCUACCUGGGGAAACUGGUGCUGAAGAUCCCUUGGAAGAAUCUGUACAGCCAACCGGUAAUCGUCAAGAUCGAGGAUCUGUACUGCCUUGUCCAGCCCAACAACAAUGUCGAAUACAAUGCCGAGAAGGAGGCCAAGUACGAAAUGGACGCCAAGAAAAUCGCCUUGGACGCUCUGGAAGCGGCCCGCAAAAAAGAGCUUGAGAAGGAUAAAGUCAAGCCCGACGCUGGAUUUGCUGAAAAGCUCACUGCACAGAUUGUGAACAACCUGCAGGUGCAGAUUACCAACGUCCAUGUCCGAUAUGAGGAUACCACUACGACGGGUAGUCCUUUCUCUUUCGGCAUAUCUCUGCACGAGCUGGAGCUCUACACCACCGAUGCCGAUUGGGAGAAGUGUUACAUGGCCCAGCAGGCGUCACAGGUCUUCAAAAUAGCGAAUCUCUCCUGCCUGUCCGCCUACCUUAACUGCGGCGGAAAUCUGUUUAGCAGCAACAAGUCCGCACUAACAUCUCAGUUUCAAACUAAUAUUGCUCGAAAAGACUCCAAGCCCUUGAACUAUCAGUAUGUUCUGGGUCCUAUUUCUUGUAAUGCCAAGCUGAAGCUGAACAUGAACCCUGAAUUUGAUGAUCCACCUUUUGAGAGGCCGAAGAUUGAUCUUACUUUGGAGAUGGAGACUCUGAAUGUGGGUCUGACGGAUACACAGUUCGAGAACCUGAUGAAACUGGGAGAUGCUAUGAAUCGGCAGCAAUUGGGACUUCCUUAUCGCAAAUAUCGUCCGCAUAACUUACCCUAUAAGGGUCAUGCAAAGGAGUGGUGGAAGUUUGCCAUCACGUGUGUUCUCGAGGAGGAUAUUCGGAAACCUCGAGAAGCCUGGACCUGGGGCCAUAUGAAGGCACAUCGCGAUCGCUGUCACACAUAUGCCAAGAAAUACAAGGAGCUGUCUUUGAGCAAGAAACCGCCAGCAGUGUUGGUAGAAACCUGUCACCUUCUGGAAACGCAGCUAGAUGUUAUGAACCUGCUUAUGAUUAGGCAACGGGUCAACAUCGAAAUCGAAAAGAAGCGAGAGGCGGAGCCGGUACAGAAGGCCGGUUGGUUCGGUGGCUGGUUUGGAGGCGGCGAAAAGAAAGAGGAAAAGACCGAGGGCCAGAAGUUAGUGGAAAAGUUCGAGGCUGCUAUGACUACCGAAGAAAAAGAAAAAAUGUACAGUGCUAUAGGCUACCAAGAGAAUGCCAAGCCUACAGAUCUGCCAGUGGAGUAUGUGGCAAUCCAAAUGAACUUUAAACUUGUUGCUUUGGAAGUUGGCCUGUAUAAGGACCAAAGCAUGGGACGGGAAUCGCAUGACUUUGCCUCUCUUCCAUCCAUACUCCUGCUCAAGUUUUCGAUGGCUACAGCGAACCUCAAGCAGCGGCCGGCUGGCGAUGCCAUCAGCCUCACCGCUGGCAUGAAGGAAUUGAUAGUGACGGGCCUUAAGCAAAAUGAUUAUACGCCACUGCUGGUGGAGUCCAAGAUCACCGAUGAGUUCAAUCUGCUGGAUGUUUUCUUCGAAACGAAUCCGCUUGACAAAAUAUGCGACCAGCGGGUAAAGGUAGUGGCGAGGCCAUUGCAGAUCGUCUACGAUGCACCUACAGUCUUGGCACUCAUUAGCACCUUUAAGGCGCCCGGGGACGUGACCCUAUCCAAGUUCGAAGAGUCUGCCAGCCUUCAGAUGUCCAGUUUUAAAGAGCGCUCGGCCACCGGCAUGCAAUACUUGAUUGACAAAAAGCCAGUUCUCGAUGCGGACAUUCUGCUGAUGCCGAACGUUCUUAUAAUGCCAUUCAAGGGCACCUAUGUGGCUGAUCAGUCGCCAUUGCUGGUAGUGAGCAUGGGUCAGGUGCAUAUUUCGACCACACCGCGACGACAUUCGGCUAGUCUUCAGAAUCUGUUUCAGUCUGGAGAGACCAAGGACGACAUUCUUAAGGCGGUAAUGGAUAACGCCUACGACAAGUUUACAGUAAAGUUGGACGACAUUCAGGUGCUGGUGGUGAGAUCCAUGGAGCCGUGGCAAACGGCUUUGAGAGCUGCCCGUCCCACAGAAAUGCACGUGCUGCGCCCCGUCUCGCUGAAAAUAACUUUAGCCCUCUGCGUAAUGGACAACGAUCCCCGAAUGCCCAAAGUCAAGGUAGACAUCGAAGUGCCCUCAAUUAUGUUUAACAUAUCGGAGGAUCGCGUAAUUCUGGCUCUCAGGGUAGCCCUUAGCAUUCCGUUGCCGGAUCAGGAACAACCACGGGAAUCCUUGCUUUCGGCGCGCAGCUCUCGCAGCUCAAUGGUUUCCAUCUCCAACUUUAUAAACAAGGAAGUGAAAAAGAUCUCCGCACAGCAGGAAACCAAAAAACAUCCAUUUGCAGGCGAAAUCGUCCAGUAUACCAACUUAGAGGUGAACUUCUCUCUGGGAAACAUUUCCUUCAGUCUGUUUCAAGGCGUUAUAAGCGAAAACUCCUCCAAUGUGUCGAUUGAGUAUCUGACCCCGGAGGGUGACCGCUUGCCCAUUCCCGGCAAUACCGGCACUCCACCCACUCCUGUAAAAUCCCAAGAGGAGGUACGCGACAUACCACCGCAUCAGAUCCUUUCCGUCGAAGUGCGCCGUUUGGAGGCCUAUUUUGCUGCGAGGACCUACGAGUCAGUAGCUACCGUCAAGUUGGGAGGCAUCACUCUUUGUCAGUACGAUACCCAGGAGGAGAACAUGGAGGUGCUGGAUGUGAUCUACACCCCCGAUCAAGACGACAACUCAAAUUACUUGUUCACGGUGUCAUGCACGAUAGCGGAUAAGACAUCGCCGGAAUUCAACACCAAGUAUAAUUCCACGGAACAGCUCGUCGUGGCCAAUUUCAAGGUGCUGCGUGUGGUGCUGCACCAGGAGUGCCUAAAACGCCUUCUGGAGGUUGCAGGAACCUUCCAAAACGAGCUGGCGGCAAUAAUGAUGAUGAACAAACCGCCGCAGGACAGGGUUAGUUAUGCCGGCGGCGGUGAUGGCAUUCGGCGGAAGCUGACAGUGAUCCUGGAGGACACCGAGCAGAUAAUGGCCUCCGAGGAGAUGAAAAGGCACAAGAAGUCGUCCAGGAACCGCGUGGUUGAGAGUGUAAAGGUUCGCAUUAUAGCGAAUCUUGAUGAGCUGGGAUUGAUACUGACCAGCCGUAGCCGACCACUAGCCGAGAUGAAUGUGAAGAAAUUCGUAGCUAAUAUAGUUUUGAAGACCUCGUAUACGGAGGUCAAUAUGGGGCUGAAGGACAUACAAGUGAUCGAUUUGAAUCCCAACACCAUUCAUAAAAACAUUUUGAGUAUUGUGGGCAAGGAUGCUUUCAAUUGCCAACUGGUGAUGUAUAACAAAGAGGAGACUUGCGACUACAAUUCCGAUGACAUGAAAAUUACUGUGGACAUUGGCUGCAUGAAAAUAGUGUUCCUCAAUUGGUUUGUGGCAGGAGUGAUGAGUUUCCUGAACGAGUUCCAGGAGGCCCAGAAGGCACUGUCCGAUGCCAGUGCUGCAGCGGCAGAAACAGCUCGCCAGAAGGCAUUGGAUGCCUAUGAUACAGCAACUCGUCUCAACCUCAACAUACGCAUCAAGGCUCCGGUCAUCGUGAUACCCACUUGCUCGCAUUCCAACGAUGCACUCUGCCUAGAUUUGGGUCUGCUGGAGAUCACGAAUAACACGGCAGAGAUUACAGUGCCCAACGAAGAGCGACUGGCAGUCAUCGACGAGAUCAAGCUACAAAUAUGCGAUGUAAAGAUUUCCAAGGUUAGUAUCCUGGAUGGCCACGAGACAACAGUCGAUGACGUCGAUGCAGCGUUUGGUUUCUCGUCAAAGUGCAAUAUGAUGAACCCGAUGAGUUGCACUGUCCUGGUCACUCGCAAUUUAUCGUACACCUGGUACAGAGAAGUUCCAGAGGUUAAUUUGGCUGGUCGUCUUAAAUCCGUAGAGCUCACUCUCUAUGCUGACGAUUAUGCCCUGGUCAUUUCGGUUAUGAACAACAACCUUAGCGAGGGCUUGGCAGAAUUUCCUCCCAAAGAGGAGCCUAUAAGGGAGCCAAUCAAAGCACCUUCCGAAAGGCCUUCCAGAGUCGUAAGACCUUCGCGCAUGGCUGUGCAGCCAAGGACACAAAAAGUCCAUGAAUCGCUCAAGUUCAACUUCCAAUUCGACGGUGUCGUCAUAAAUUUGAUGGAAGAUGCGGACAAGGGACUGGCCCGCUUUGGAAUAUACUUUCUGUCCAUCAAGGGUACCAAAUUGGACAAUGACACGAUGAGCACUUCGGUGGUUCUGUGCAACAUUCAAAUGGACGAUACCCGGCAGGAUACCAAAAGUAAAAUUCGACAGUACCUCAGUCGCAAGGAUUGGGUAGAGCCUAAACUGAAAACGGAGGAUAUCAUUGACGCCUGUUAUAACGAGCUCAACUACAUGGUCGAUGUGACGGCCAUAACCAAACCAAAUGACACUUUUGCUGAGAUUCGAGUUCGCGGUUUCGAUAUGAUUGUCUGCAUCGAUUUCCUGAUGAAGUUGACCACAUUCCUUGCCCUGCCAGCGAACACUCAACAAGGUGGGGAGUCUGCACACCCCGGAGUUAGCGGGUCCCAAAUUUUGGACACAAAUCGUGAAACUAAAAGCGCGAUUCGAUUUUCCACGGCAUCCGGAAAUGCCUCCCCUAACAUGGAAAAGGUGCAGGUCACAGAGACAGCCAAAAAUAGCAAAAUGAACUUCAUACUGCACAUUGACGAGCCGGACAUUAUUUUGGUGGAGAACCUGGACGAUCUGAACACAAGUUGCAUUAUCUUCAAUGCCAAAGCUCACCUUAACUAUCGUAGUCUGAAUGAUAAACAGCUCGUGAACGGACAAAUCGAUAGUCUCAAGAUGUACAUGUGUGCCUUUCUGCCGGAGCGACGGGAGGCUACCCGCCACUAUAUCCUGCACCCAUGUGAGAUCAGUCUCCAAGGGUCUACCCCCGAGGAGGAGGGCAUGCACAUCAGCCUCAAGUUGAGUGACAUUAUUAUCAACGUUUCACCCGCCACCAUUGAACUGCUUAACAAAGCAAUGGUAUCCAUCUCCACCGGCACUAUGGCCAAGGCUGCCAUUGUCGAGGAAUCCAGGAACUACUCCAAAAAUUGGCUGCCACGACACUUGCAAAGUCGCAACUAUUGGUUCACUCGAGUGGAACAGGCUGAAGAAGCCUUCGAAGAGGAAAUAGUGUCCUCAGAGAUCCCCUCGCAUACCUCAGCCGUUGCCGUUGGGAAAACGGAGAAGUGUGUGAUCGAGGUGCCCAGCAUCACACUAGUGAUCGAAUCCGGGGUGGGAUAUUACACACGGCCUCUCAUAUCUCUGGAUGUUAGAGUCACAGCUGUCUUCAACAACUGGAGCCGCAACCUUACGGCCCAGGGCUCAUUGACCCUCAAUAUGAACUAUUACAACCAGACCUUAGCCGAAUGGGAGCCGAUCAUCGAACUAAACGAGUCUGAGACCAAAGGUGGCCAUGAAUACUCACCAUGGGAGCUGAAGUUCAGUAUGGGCAUGGAUACGGUUCCGAGCGACGUCGAGGGAGGCGAACCGCAGCAAGCCCUUCACAUGAAGAUCCAGUCAGAGGAGACACUUGAAAUCACACUGAGCAAAACGUGUCUCGGUUUGCUGGGUGAGCUGGGCGAGGCCUUCUCGCAGGCCAUUGACCAGAAGGGUCUCACCAAACCCGAUGUCGUGGCACCCUUCGUUCUGGAGAACGACACGGGUUUCGAUGUUACCCUCAACGUAUCUAAGGGAAUUUAUACUCUGCACGAAGUACAUCGUGGUGUGACGACGAUCAACGAAAGAACAUUUUCUGUUACGUCCGAUAUCCAUGAAAUCGAUCCUAUUGCAAUUAAGACAUGUACCAUUUCGUCGGGAGGAAGAGCCUUUCUGCAAACCAAGGAUUUUAGCUUACUCGACCCCGAGCAGGCAAACGACCAGUCGCUAUAUAUACAGAUUGGCGACAUCAACAAGGAAAUAGCCCUGCCAGUUGCAAAGUCGGAUACGCGGUACUUCGAACUGUUCCGACAGCGCGACAGCGAACCGUGGGGCAUUGUGUCCAAGGUGCGGGAGGAAUACGGCACCACGAAAAUUAACAUUCACGGUGUAGUCUGCAUUCACAAUCACUUUACCACAAACGUGUUUGUCUAUCGACGCAACUUGCAUCCAGUAAAGCACAAUUUCGAAGACACAUUGGUGGGACGUAUUCGUCCUGGUUCUGUGUUUCAUGUGCCGCUGCAUGCUAUUUAUGGGGAACACAAGGAGCUUUUCUUUGCAAUGAAGGGCUACCGGCCGUCGGUGCAGGGUAUCUCCUGGGCUGCCAAUCCUUCCGACACAUGCUAUAACCACCAGCUGUCUUGCGAUCCCGUAUCCUCGUUUGAGCCACUCUUCAUCAACGCCAGGCGCACCAAAACUGAGAUAUACUAUGAGCACACCAACAAGUACACCAUCCUCAGCGCCUUCUACACUAUUCAUCUGCGUCCGCCGCUCUAUCUGCGCAAUUGCUUGCCCAUCGACAUCAAGGUGUCGGUGGCAGGUUGCGCGGUCCGGAAUGAUGGCCUUGACGAUGAUUCAUCGAUCGCACUGAUGAACAACUCUUACCAGAAGGAAGACUUGCUGGAUUAUGGCGAAAAGGAGGUCAGAUCCGGCGAUGUUCUUCAUUUACCGACUGUUCGUCUGGUGGAAAAGGGCAAAGACCGCAGAACCUUUUUGGUUGUUCGGCUAAUUCAAUACCUGGAGAAGGAUUGGUCUUGUGCGACAGCAGUCUCAAGUGAUACUGGCGAAGUCUCUCCAUGGCAAUUCUCCUCAUACGAUUCUGAAAUGCGAGUGGACAUGGAUCUCUAUGUUAUGUCAGAGGAUCGAAAUGGAAGUGUAAUGCUUACACUUUAUAGUCCCUUCUGGAUGAUAAACAAGACCGGCAAGAUGCUCACGUACAGGACAGAAACGACCAGUAUGCAGAUGCUCUAUCACCCGCCAGAAUACUCCGGGCCCAUUUUGUUUACUUUCCGUGAUAAUACCUUCUUUGAUAAGAAGAAGGCCUCCAUUCGCUGCGACAAUGGCGAUUGGAGCGAAAAAAUUCCCCUGGACGUGGCCGGAGCGAUCGGCGAGGUUACCUGCGUCGCCAACAACCAGAAAUUUCACAUUGGCGUUCAUAAUCAUAUGACGCAGAACUCUCUGACCAAGCAGAUCACUUUUAUACCGUUCUACAUUGUUUGCAACAAGUGCCGCUUCAAGGUAGAGUUGCAGGAACAAAGCCGGCCCGGCGAUCCUUGGCUGGAUCUACAACCUGGCCAGUUUGAGCCGCUUUGGCCGAAAAACGACUCUAAAAACAAUCUGGUGGUCCGUGUUGAGGGCAAGGUGACGCCUGCCUUUGACUACAAGGAGGUCAUUUGCACUUUGCUGAAGCUGGAGAAUAGCCGAUAUGGCGGAAUCAAUGUAGAUGUCCAGACGACGGAAGGUGGUGUCUAUAUCACCUUUACGGAUUACAAACCAGGCGAUGCUCCCGGCCUGUUGAUAAACCACACUGGCCGACAGGUGGUAUACUACGAGAAGGGUACCAAGAACGAAAAGAUUCUGAACGCCAAGAGCACUAUCAUGUAUGCCUGGGACGAUCCGACGGGUCCCAAGAUGCUUGUCUUUGGCAAAAACAAGGAAGAGAAUGACCUAAAACGCGACGGCUGCGGUGAGGUUGUUAUGGAAGACGGUCACAAGUCUAUUUGGAUAUCAUUCCUGGACGGCUUGCAGCGUGUGCUGCUUUUCACCGACGAUGAAACGAUUGUCAAGCGUACAGAGACCACAGGUUCAUUCCAGGCAGUAACCCAGAGCAUCGAUGUGCGCAUCCACGGCAUUGGUCUGUCUGUGGUUAAUAACGAGACCGGCUUGGAUAUUCUAUAUCUAGGCGUCACCAGCUCGGGGAUUAUAUGGGAGUCCAAGAAGGUUACCAAGAAGCGCUUCAAGGAGAUGACUAUUAACGAAAAUGCACUUUUGGAGUCCGAAUACCAGCGCUUCCUUCUCAACAAGAGUGUCAAUGAAGUGCAAAGUUACAUCCUGGAUAACAAAUUCCCAAUUGACUUUGAGGGAAUGAUACUGAAGAAGUCCGUGAGUCGGAAUCUAAGACGCAGUUUCUAUCCGGCCAUCUGGUUGUCCCGCAAAUCGUCGCCCCACCAGAACCAAUUGCAUGUGAAAAUAAACCGCAUUCAGAUCGACAAUCAGUUCAUAGACCCAAUAUUCCCCGUCGUGCUGGCGCCCAUAGCUCCGCCAAAGAGUGUUGCCAACACGUGCACCCUGAAACCCUUCAUCGAGUGCAGCAUGGUUCAACGAAUCAUGCCCAAUUCCCAGGUGCGGCAAUUCAAGUACGCCAAGCUCCUAAUACAGGAGUUCCACUUCAAAGUCGAUCUUAACUUCUUGACGGCCAUCUCGGAAAUGUUCGUCAAGGAGGUGUCUGACGAUGUGAAAGCCAAACAGUUCCGCCAGGAUGUGGAAUCGAUCGAGAUGCCAUUAUCCGUCAUUUUCGAAGAGCACUCUAUGGAGGAGCAGAAGAGCUUCUACGACAACCUACACUUGGGCCCACUUAAGAUUCAUGUCAGUUUCUCAAUGGCAAACUCAGACACGAAGGCUCUUCCCGGAGUACUGGGCACGGUGAUUCAGGGUGUCGGAGUGACCCUUACGGAUGUCAACGACGUCGUCUUUCGGCUGGCCUUCUUCGAGCGCGAGUACCAGUUCUUCUCGCAAAGUCAGCUCAUCAAUGAAAUCACCUCGCAUUACACAGGCCAGGCACUGAAACAGCUGUACGUGCUUGUGCUUGGCCUCGAUGUCCUGGGAAAUCCUUAUGGCUUGGUGGUGGGUCUCAAGAAGGGCGUGGAGGAUUUGUUUUACGAACCCUUCCAAGGAGCAAUCCAGGGACCCGGAGAAUUCGCCGAGGGAUUAAUGCUGGGUGUGAAGUCAUUGUUUGGCCACACAGUGGGCGGUGCUGCAGGAGCCAUGUCCAAAAUCACUGGAGCCAUGGGCAAGGGUUUGGCUGCGUUGACCUUCGACGAGGAGUACCAGAGAAAACGACGCCAGGGAAUUCAUAAUAAACCCAAGAACUUCCAUGAGGGAUUGGCUCGCAGCAGCAAGGGUUUGGUGAUGGGCUUCGUGGAUGGUGUCACUGGCGUUGUAACCAAGCCCGUGUCUGGAGCUCGCGAACACGGCGUUGAAGGCUUUUUCAAGGGCCUGGGCAAAGGAGCCAUUGGCCUUGUAGCUCGCCCCACCGCUGGUGUGGUUGACUUCGCCAGUGGCAGCUUCGACGCAGUGAAACGAGCGGCGGAAGCCAGCGAGGAUGUAAAACGGAUGCGUCCACCACGUUUCCAGCAUUAUGACUUUGUGCUGCGUCCAUACUGCUAUAUGGAGGCCUUGGGCAAUAAGAUUUUAAAAGAAACCGACAAAGGAAAGUUCUCCAAUACGGACAGCUUCCUCUACUGCGAGGAGAUCAUCCCGAAAAACGAAUAUAUGAUAGUUACGAACCACCGCCUGCUGUACGUGCAGCGCAAUGAAAUGUUUGGCAUUUGGACUUCGCUUUGGUCUUACCUUUGGGAUGAGAUCAAUACCGUGGAAAGCACACCUCGCGGUAUACAAAUCACUGUCAAACAGGAAGGCAAGAAGGUUCUCGGUCUAUUUGCCACCAAGGAAUCACCUCGCAAGCUGGUCCUACUGGGAGAUGAACGCAGGCGACGUCACUUCGUGGACAAAAUUGAAUCUCAUCGCAAUGACCCGAAUCCAAUGCGAACCACCGUCGCCUAUCCGGUGGAUACCGAGUAGUACCCCUGAAUUUAUCUCCCAACUGUAUUAUAAUCCAAGCACUUUUCCACACGGCACCACCACCACCAGAAGCAACGACAUGGAAAUCUACCUCGACCUUAAGGAUUCUGCCUGUCCCAGUAACUCGCACCCUGCAUCCUCCACUUCACACGUCGUAAUUUUACGAAUGCUAACAACCAUUGUUUUGAUAUUAAAAUUUUAUGUCAAAGUUGA